UACAAGCACAGGCGCGGGUCUACUACCGUAUGAUGAUACGAGUAUCAUAGCUUCAACGUGGCAUCCUCCGCCGGCGAUUUCGGGAUGUGGAUCUGGAUGCGAUCUGGAUUCGAAAGAAGCUUAAUUUUUUUCACGUGACCUUGACCAGAUGACCUAAGAAUCUUGCCGAAACGCUGUCCUGGAUCGCCUUUCAACCCCAAACCUCCGACAGUUGCUCUCCCCUCCUGCUUUACUCCCAUCAGCACCACCUUCUGGCAGCCCAAAUUUCAGUUAACGGUUUGGCGCACUCUCUCCCCAUUCUCGAUUCCAUCCUGCACGGCUCGGCUAGCUGUAACAACAUGGGCAACGGGUGGCUGGGAGCUAAGGAAGUUAGGGGGCCGAGCAAACAUGCACUCAACCGUUGGGUUUCUUACACAAUGCCCGUGAUCAUGGCGGGCCUUGUGGGUUUUGCGACAUGGGUUUUUGUCGCGCUAAUUUGUGGUUAGUUGCUGCUGUGCUUGUUCAAGUUUGUGGGAGGGCUAUCGGGUUGCGUGGAGUAUCCCACUGACCGACUACAACAGUGAACCAUCUUCUAAUAGGCCAGGGACGAAAGGGCACAGCUAUCGCACUUCUUGUCGUUUACCUCGUCUUGCUUUUACUAAUGUCAUCGACAUAUUUGAGACUUCUAUGGGUUGUCAGCGCUGAUCCCGGCUUUGUGACCAACCAGUCAACUGAUUCCGAGAACGAGAAAUUUAUGGGCAGUGUUGAGAGUCGCAGUGAUGCAGAGAUAGGGCUAGGGGGAGUUCAGGCAGAAGGAUGGCGGAGCGAAGAGGAAACAAUACGCUCACCAGAACCUAUGCCCGUUGCGGAGAGUCCUCCGGAAGAUGGGGCGGAAUCCCUCCCCGACGCUCUCCAAUCUGGGUCUGCAAAGGGUACCCCAAGGCCCGCCCUUAGCCCUGGCGCCAUGGUUCAGCCCACGAAUGGUCCUUCUACUAUGCCAUUCCCCGCCUCCCCAUACCCUUCUCAUCAGCCGCUAGCUGGACAUGGAGCGUUUCCCGGGAACCCACUUGGAAGCCGACCCUAUUGCGCUUAUGGACCACCUCGCCCUAACACAAGUGCUGGAUACCAAAAUCUGGACGAAUGGUUCCAGCGGGAUGCAUUUGUUUGUGAGAACGACGGGCUUCCUAGGUGGUGUGUUCAUUGCCAGCUCUGGAAACCAGAUCGAUCGCAUCAUUGUAGCGAGCUGCAGAGGUGUGUUUGGAGAAUGGAUCACUUUUGCCCUUGGUUUGUUGUGCCUUAAUCCCAAUAUAGAUGUCCUACGUAUUUGUGCGGGUUCAUGUGCUGAUCCCAGGGUUGCUUUCAAGGGUUGGCGGAGUCGUUGCCGAACCCUCCUACAAGUUUUUUUACCAGAUGGUUUUCUACGGAGCUCUAUACUGCCUAUUCCUUAUCAUAUCAAUCGCUGUAAUUUUCCGCCAGCAAAUUAGUGAUGGUGGUAACCAAGACCCUCGAUGGGUUGCUUGCUUAGCAUUGUAAAAUCUCCGCGCCCCUUAAGUCGUAUUCACCUUAUCGAAUUCUCUAACGAGUUUUCUUUAGAACCUGUGUAUUCGGCCUCUUCUCGGGCGGAAUGGCCGGCUCAACAACCCAGCUCAUUUACCGGAAUGUCUCAACAAUUGAGAGCCUGAAUUACAAGACCAAAGUUUAUCAACUAGCGCUACACGAUCCAAAUCCUACCCAGACACCACCUCCUAGCCCGCAGAUAUCAGCAGUCGCGCCGACCAGAAUAUGGCUCCCGCGAGAGCCAGGCCCCGGCCAGAGGCAAAGGUGCUUUGCUAUUGUCAGAACGCGACCGGGGGACAACCCCUGGAGGCUUGCCAGUACAUUGGAGAAUUUUGAGGAAGUACUGGGCUAUAGUUUUUGGGACUGGUGGCUACCAAUCAAAAGAAGCCCGUUAGAGGCAAAGAAGAGCGGCGAAGGUUGGUACCGCUGGAAUGAGAAGCUUUUGGCUAGGCUCAAACGCCAGGCUGGGAUUGCCCAACCUUCGAGCCAGAGCAAUUGAAGGUAUUGCUAAAUUCUUGCGAUGGAGGGUAUCGCUUGUGAUAUCAGGGGAUGGCUGACCACCGGCGCGUAUGACUUCUAUACCUUGUUUUUCUUCUUUCUUUUCCUGAAAUUCUUGUUUUCGGGAGUUGCAACAUUGUUUCGGAGCGUCGUCAUUUGGAUCAAGCGGCUUGUAUUUCCUUUUUCGUUCAUUCCCAGGGCGGGGGAGCUUUCUUGCCCCAUAAUUCCGUGUUACAAGAUUCACAGUGUCGUAUAGAGUCGCGUUCUCUUUUUUCGUUAUCUGUCAGAUUGAGUGGAUGGACGUGCAUAGUGCAUACGUGCUUCCGGUUGUUAGUGUAGUUUCUAGUCUCGAAUAUAAUAUCAUGGUUACCGUGCU